CUUUCCAGAACUUGCUUGAGAGUGCUCAUCAGGGAACACCUCAAGAGGAGGUUCAGAGGGAGGGAGAGACAGAAGAAAGCCGUGAGCCAGUCGGGGCACUUGAGUCCUCCUCGGUGGGAGCGUGUGUACUGUUCCUGUGAGCGCAGAGAGAGAGAGAGAGAGGAGAGCUGGCAGACCCUGGGCUCAGCUGAAACCUGUUAAGACUCUGGAGAACACCCAUCCCUUCCCUUCCCUUCUCCUCGCCUACUGCGCCAUCCAGGCAAACAGCAGAGGAGAUUCAUUCUAGAGAUCAAGUAGUUUUGCAGGCUCCAAUCCAUCUGAUUUUCUGCAUCUUUUUUUUUUUCACGAAUCAAGAAGGUCGUCAUUUUUGGAUAAUCGAAUCGCAUAGUCUUGAAAUACAGUAAAGCAAAUAGCGACCUUUUAAAAAUCCGGCCAACUCACCACAGAGACUGUAAACACCAGUCUUCCAGAGGAUUUCUAUAUUUGGAGUUUGCUACCCAUUGCUAAGCAAGGAUCUCGUUUAUUAUAUAAGUCCAGGAAAAAGAAGAGGGCUCUCUGAGGAUCAUACAGGAAACAAGAAUACAUAAGACUAGUUAAAAAUACACAUACAUUUUGUAAAAGUUCUCUGAGUCCUACAUUCGAAACAAUGUCUCGCUGGGGGCGGAAAAAUGACAAGAAGUCGCCUGAAGUGAUCCGGACUGUGACAGAAGGACUGAAGUCCCUCUAUCGCAAGAAGCUUCUGCCACUGGAGCAAUACUACUGCUUCCAUGACUUCCACUCCCCAAGUCUUGAAGAUGCAGACUUCGACAACAAACCAAUGGUGCUGGUUGUGGGCCAGUACUCUACAGGGAAGACUACAUUUAUCAGAUACCUGUUGGAACAGGAAUUCCCUGGCAGUCGAGUGGGGCCAGAGCCAACAACAGACUGCUUUACAGCCAUUAUGCAUGGAGAUGUGGAGGGGCUAACCCCAGGAAAUGCCCUCAUCGUGGACCCCAACAAACCCUUCCGCAAGCUCAACGCCUUUGGGAACUCAUUCCUAAACAGGUUCCAGUGUGCCCAGAUGCCUAAUCAAGUUCUAGAGAGCAUCAGCAUUAUCGACACUCCAGGCAUCCUGUCUGGAGCCAAGCAGAGAGUGAGCCGAGGUGAGGCCAGCUCAAAAGGGUAUGACUUCCCUGCUGUGCUGCGCUGGUUUGCAGAACGCGUCGAUCGUAUCAUUUUGCUCUUUGAUGCACAUAAAUUGGAAAUCUCUGAUGAGUUUUCAGAGGCUAUUGGUGCAUUGAAGGGCAAUGAGGACAAGCUGCGUGUGGUUCUCAACAAAGCAGACAUGGUUGGAACCCAGCAGCUGAUGCGAGUGUAUGGUGCUCUUAUGUGGUCUCUGGGGAAGGUGUUUGGCAGUCCCGAAGUGCUACGGGUCUACAUAGGGUCCUUCUGGUCCGAGCCAUUGAUGGUGCCAGAUAAUCGCAAGCUGUUUGAACUGGAGGAAGAGGACUUGUUUGCUGAUAUUCAGAACCUUCCCAGGAAUGCUGCCUUACGGAAACUUAAUGACCUGGUCAAAAGGGCUCGUCUAGUUAGGGUGCAUGCCCACAUCAUCAGUUAUUUGAAGCAGGAGAUGCCAUCUGUCUUCAGAAAAGACAAUAAGAAAAAGAAUCUGAUCAACCAACUACCAGUCAUUUUUGCCAAGAUCCAGCUACAGCACCACAUCUCAGCUGGCGACUUCCCCGACUGUGCCAAAAUGCAGGAGCAACUUAUGGUUCACGACUUUACCAAGUUCAAACCUCUGAAACCCAACUUGAUGGCUGUUCUUGAUGAGCUCCUGGCCUCUGACAUCGCCAAACUGAUGCCCCUGCUUCGCCAGGAAGAGCUGGAGGCAGGUGUCCAGCCUGGCGUCCAGGGCGGGGCUUUCCUUGGCACCCGUGCUGGGCCCUUCGUAGAGGGUGACCCCUUCGGUGAGAUGGAAGAGAAUGGAGAGUGCAACGAGGAGGAGGGAGACUGGAUCGUGACCAAAGAUAAGCCCAAAUACGAUGAGAUCUUUUACAACCUGGCACCCAAUGAGGGCAAGCUCAGCGGCACCAAAGCGAAAGACUGGAUGGUGAGCACACGGCUGCCAAACUCUGUGCUGGGCCGCAUCUGGAAGCUAUCGGAUGUGGACCGCGACGGCAUGCUAGACGACGAGGAAUUUGCUCUGGCCAGCCACCUGAUCGAAGUCAAACUGGAUGGACACGGGCUCCCACCUGAGCUACCUGCCCGCCUGGUGCCACCAUCCAAAAGGCGUCAGAAAGGCUCAGACGCAUAAAGCAGCCCACACUGCCCACUACACUUACACUGAUUUCUUCCAAAGAGCUGUCACCGUAGCUGCUAUGUUUGUUUGCUCCCAUCAGUCCACACUUUGCUUUACCAUUGUUAGAAAAUGUCCAUUUCUGUGAGAUUUUUUUGUUUUGUUUUCAAGAGAGGGUUUGGUGCUGCUUUCCGACUUGUUUUGAGUUUGAAAUACAACAUUGAUUGAAGGCAAGCAAAUAUAAAGUGCUUGAAAGUCUGGAAAAUGGAGAGGACAAAGACCCCUCACCUCUGUAUAUAAUUAUGAAGUCUACAACUAGCUUUUUUUGCAAGCUUUACUGUUGGGUAACUAUAAUUAAUGCUUUUGUUGUUAACUAGUUUAUUUAGCCUCUUUAUUUCAAUACCAUUUGUGCAAAAUGGCACAAUGUGAUUAUUGUUCUGUUGUUCUUCUGUGAUUUUGUAAUUAUUAUUUUUAUACUAAACAACUUCUGAGUGAAUGUCACAUGAUAUGUAAGACACCAUUGUGUAUCACAACACAAGUAAAAACUAUGAAAAAGGAAAGAAAAACGAUUGCUACUACUGUACACAGCUUCACCAGCAUUUUGUAUGUUAUCAAUUGUCAUUUCAGGGCUUCAAAUAAAGUGAGCCAACUCAA